GGCAGACAUAGAAACAGGAGCAUUACAAAUAUUAUGGUGUGUUUGGUAUAUCAGGCCAUAGAAACCGCUGGGAAUAAUGGUAUAAAAGGAAUUUCUCUUAUCAGAGGACACAUAUCUUUCUACAAGGGUUCAUCAGUGCCUGCUGAGCGCAAAUAAAAAUGAAGACAGCUUGGACUUCAAUUGGAUUGUUGACAUUUGUCACACUCUUCCAGAAUGGAGAGUGCACAGUUGCAAGUUGGACAUCACCAGUGAUUGCACAGGCAGAUGGCGGCAGUGGUACUCUUACAAAUACAGUUGAUAAUGGUGCAACAACCGCAAGUUUUAGUAUAACUGCUACCGGGGAUAAAACUAUAGCUUACGCAAUGACACAGAAUCCCACCGCCGGCGCAACUUUUGCCAUCGACGGUAGUUCAGGUGCUGUCACAAUCUCGGCAGGCACUGUGGCUUACGCAACUGCGACAACGUAUACAUUUACCGUUACUGCUACUGAUGCAGAUGGAUCGGCCAGUGCUACCGUGACGCUUUCGGUUAAUGACGAACCAGCCUUUGCAGCCACCCAAUACGGCUAUACAAUCGCAGAUGCAGCAGCUUCAGGCACAACUUUGGCAACACAUACGGCAACAGAUGUAGUGAACAGUGGCUCGUUAACAUACUCUUUCUUAAGUGGAAAUACAAACACGGAUUUUGCAGUGAGCACCUCAGGGGUUAUAACCACCGCAAACGCAAUGGCUGCUUCCACAACAGGAGGAUAUAGUCUUGUGCUUACGGCUGCAGACGCUACUCUUACAGGAACUACGACUAUUUGGGUCGUUGUAACGUCAUGCUCAAACGGAGCUGCAGGAAUCUUAGCUGGCGUCAUGACUUUGUUGAUGGCAAUGACAGCGGCUUUGUAUUAGUUAAUAUAGUGACAACGAAAUAUUUCCGUUCCUUCAUCAAUAGCGUAUUACACUGGAAAAGACGAUUGAUCAUAUAAGACUGAGACAUAUUGCGUCAACAUAAAUUCACUUUACAUUUAAAACCGAUAAAUCAACGAUAUUAACAUAAUUCAUUUACAGAAAACCUCUGUAUCGAGUAAAUGGUUGUCAUUGCUAAAUGUUAUUUUAUCUACUAUUGCAUGGCACCAACUGUAAAUACAGUCUUGGAAGUUGAUGUAAAAUGAAUGAAGUCGAGCGGGAAAUGAAUCGUCACUUCGGAUAGAAUGUGUAGAAGAAAUUUCUUUGUUUGUUUGUUUUAUUACACAAAUGCUAGAAUGAUAUCAAGCCACUCGAUAUCUGUGUAUCUAUACCGAUAGGAUGUAUACCAAUAGUUAUGAAAUAUCUUAAUGUUUUAAAUAACGGUCGCAAAGAGAACAAAAAGUAGGGUUAAAUUAUAUUCAUGACCCAUUCUCGUUCUUAUUGUUUAAAUAAAUGAAUUUACUUCAAGGCUAGUGCUACAGUAUGUGGUGGCAUUAGAAAAUUUUUAUUCGUUGUAACUAACUUUCUUCGAAAGAUACCAAUUUAUCAUUUUAACGUCAUAGCGUGAAAAGCAAAAUCAGUCCCGAGUGCCUUGAAAUCAUUUAUUCUGAUCAAUUCAUGAAAUGAAUUAAAUUCAUUGAAAUAUUGAUCAGAUCUUACUCUGUCGUCACUUACUUUAACAUAUACACUUACAUAGAUGUAGUUAUCUUGAUGUAUCUUACGAUUUAUUUAGCUUUCAUGUCCUUAUUAAAAACUUUUACACAGCCGAAAUAUGAGCGUUAAUGUUAACAAUGAAAACUUAUUUCAUAACUAUUUAUAUAAAUCGCGGGUCUAUACUUUGUGCUAUAGGACCAGUCUAUAUUCAACACGUUUACUGAAAAUUAAACUGAAAAUUAAUUUGUGAUGCCAUUAUUGAAUGGCUUGAAACUAUUGACCCUCUCGGUCAUUUAGAUCUCGGACAAUAGUUUUGACUAUCGACCGGCAAGCCAUCCGAUAAGUUCAAAAUACUUAUCUAUAGAAUAGGCAAGUUUUAGUUCUAGAAAGAAACCAACGCGGUAUUGAGUUUGUGAAGACACGACUUAAUUUCUAAUCAGAAUUAGUUCGUCACGCAAUAAAAAACUACAAGCUAGUAAGAUUUAGCUAUAUUUGUAAAAAUUGUGGCAUUGUGACAAUUGUGGCUUGCAGUAAGUGAUACUUACUUACCAUCUUGGAAAUGAUUUUUCUUAUUAUCAACCUGUUUCUUUCCUUUUUUGCAGUGUUCUCAAUAAAAUUAUAAACUAUC